AUGAAGUUUAUUCAGAAGUAUCACAUGGAGAGACACAAGAGGACUCAUAGUGGGGAAAAGCCAUAUAAGUGUGACACAUGUCUGCAGGUACAAAUUUUAUUGUAUGCCAUAGAUUAG